AUGCCGACGACAGCUCAACUUGGCAUAUUGACGAUACUUAUAAGCGCCCUUGGAUCUCAAGCUUUCCAAAAAAAAGCUUCAGAACUCAACUUAGAUUAUGACAUUCAGAAGCAACCCGGUGACAAAUAUUACAGAGCAAACAUUAAAGAUGACGACAUGCUUGGUAUGUAUCAGAAAUGGGCCGAAACUGGCAUGAGUUCACUUAUGGGAGCUAUUGCUAAUCAUAAGUAAGUAAAAUGAUAAAUAUCAACAUAUAUUCUGUGUUUUGCUUACACAAUCUACCAUACGACAAAAUUAUUGAAAUAAUACUAAAUCAUCAUCAAACCUACCCUUCAUACAAUUUAUAAUUUCAGACUAAAACGUCAAAGAAAAGCCAUAAUACAGAAGUUUGGAGAAUGCUCAGCCAAAGCUACAGACAUUCCGAAACAUGCUACAUGCCUAACUCGACUAUUGAACGACGAAAUAAAAGCUGAAGUUACAAAAACGAUUGUCAAACCUGGUGCCCGGUUGCUCAAAUACCAAGGAAGACAAAAACAAAACGAAUGGACAAGCGGAUACAUUACUGAGAAUAAACAACCAGGUAUUGGCUACAACAGACGACUAAAACUACAAUCUGAACCUUAUCAAUCGGAAACUGAUGACCAUGUUAGACGAAACUUCCGUCAUUCAGAAGAUGACACAACACUAACACGUGUCCGCCGAUCUCCCAAUAUUAGAAAAUCAGAUUCUUACACUCUGAACUCAAACAAAGAGAACCUCACCCCAUUAGGUCAGGUAGCCAAGAUGUUGAUGAACUCGGUCAAAAAACUAAAAGGCAAAAAAGAACUGCCAAUGUGGCAAGAUACUGUGGAAAAGCUCCGAAACAAUGGAUUGAAACGCAAGAAGUACAAGAAGUUGGUUGAAGAUGACAGUGAAGAGAACCUUCGUCAAAUACAAAUGAACGUGUUCAAAGAAAAAUUGAUGGGAAAACCUGAUUUAACUGCUGAUAUUGAUGUAGAUGGGAUGGUACAAGACCCCAAAAAGUUGGAAAAGUUCGUUAAAGACAGGAAGAAGCCUAAGAAUAAAGAAGAAAGGGUUAUCGACCUGAUUAGGGAUGGUCUUAAAUUGGCCUACACUUUGGCUGGGCAAAACACAACCGGCUUUGAUAACAAAACCAUGAAGAUUGUGUCGCCAAGGUUCUUGGGUUUGGUGCCUGAAGAGAAAGAUAAUGAUGAAGUAAGUCAUAAAUAUUCGUUUAACGGCAGUUCAAGCAUUCAACUUUAGAAAACUAAGUAAAAGUCUACUCGAAAAAUAUUAAUACUUUCAGAUUUCCCUAAUAUCUCCAUCUCUAUUCUCUCUUCACGACCAAGGAGAAGGUAUCGAAAACCUGACCAGUCUUCCAAACUUAUUGAAAAACCUUGGAAUCAAAGACCAGCAGCUAUGGCUAGACAUUGUAAUGGAAGCAGCUGGUGUGAAUGAAGAAAGUGAGAAACUGGCAGAUGAAGUUCACGACUACGAAUUCAAUUCUACACAAACAAUCAUGACAAACAUAACACAUCUGAGAGACAAAGACGGUACACCCUUGUAUGCUACGAAAGAAAAUGUCACUGAAAUGGGAGCAUCGCCCGAAUACAUCGAAAUGUUCGAGAAUCUACAACAAAAUUACACCAAAAAUCAGGUAAAGUGGCAUUUACUAUUAGCAUUACAGGUCCACACUAUGCUAUAAGAAAUGAUAAUAAAAAAGUAAACUUAUGUAAGACUAACCACCUGUAACUUACAAAUCCUCAAGCAGUAAAUUUUAGCUUCGAGAAAUGAACACUACUGGCUUCGCGGUACUGAACAAGCACCAAAUUAAAAUGCUCUACGGUCCUUCGGCACCAUUCCCUAACCUUCCAGUAUACAACCGCUUGAUCAACAUGACAGAAGAAGAGAUCCGAGAUCAAAUGUUCAAAGAAUUCAACACAAUGUCACAAAUGAAAAACUUCAGAAUUGACCAGCACCAAAUUCAGAAGUCCCAAGAAGAACAUGCCAGACGGAAACGUCAGCUACUGCCUGGAGUAGUUUUAUCUCCUGUAGUAGCCACUCCUGUAGUUGGACUGCCACUUCUGGCAUCAGAACCGUUUAUAUUAUCCCCGAUUGUACUGACACCUCUGAUUCUGUCACCUUCAGUAUUCGGUGCCAUCAUCUUGUCACCGUGGUUGUUUGUGCCCGUUAUUAUUUCUCCGCGUAUUUUAGGAACGUUGAUCCUGUCACCGUUCGCUUUUUCGCCUAUUGUUUUGUCACCGUUCGUUUUGCAUCCUGCCAUUCUGUCCCCAGGUAUCUUUUCGCCUAUAGUACUGUCACCUCUACUGUUACUGCCUUUGAUCUUAUCGCCCCAAGCCUUUACUCCCAUUAUCCUAUCUCCACUAUGUUUAUCUCCUGUCAUUCUGAAUCCUAUGGUUGGCUCACCUUUAAUUCUGUCGCCAUUUGUGUUGUCUCCAAUCAUUGGCUCUCCUAUGAUACUGUCUGGAUUGAUUCUAUCGCCAUAUGCCCUUUCUCCUGUAUUGUUUAGUCCAUUGAUAGCAUUUAUCGCUGUAUUGUCUCCAUCUUGGUUGAGUUAG